AUGCUGCUUUCGCUGUACGUGAUCAACAAGGCCGGCGGGCUCAUCUACCACGAGGACCUCUCGGCGGAGGCGCCCAAGCUCAACGCGAACGACCACCUGCGCCUAGGCUCGACCUUCCACAGCAUCCACGCCAUCGCCGGCCUCGCGGCGCCGCUCCUCUCCAAGGGCAUCGUGUCCAUGGAGACCGACGCGUUCCGGCUGCAGUGCUUCCAGGCGCUGACGGGCACCAAGUUUUUCGUGACCGCCCUCCCGAGCAUGGGCGCGCUCGAGCUCGAGGCCAUCUUACGCAGCAUCUACGAGAUCUACGCCGACUACGUGCUCAAGAACCCCUUCUACGAGCUCGAGAUGCCGAUCCGCUGCAGCCUCUUCCACACCAACCUCCGCGUCCUCGUCGACCGCGUCAACGCCGACGCGCUGCGCCGCCCCAUGUAG